UGUUUUUCUGGACUGCUGCGUGUGUGAGAACACAGGAUCCUUCAGCAUUAAACUCCAGCAGCGCUGAGGACAUCAGCACUAAUGCAGCAUCACCACUGUGUCUUCCCAUCGGAGACAACCCCAAACCUAAAUGUGCUCUGGAAUCAAGUACAACAACCACUCCUACGGUACAACAAUCUCCAAGUUCACCGGAAGAAACAAAGUUCUCGACCAAAACACCAACACAGAGUCCCACGAUAGUGGAUGAGAUGGUGCAUAAAAAUCAGGAAGAUGGACGGAACGCAACGGAGUCUACGAACUGCACCCUUGACCCCUGCGUUCACCUCCAAGACACCUGCUUCAACACACCUGACCUGACAUGCAUCUGUCCCGGCGUGACCUCAACCUCACAGCCUCCUGACAGCCCCACCUCUCUCGCGGUCACAGUGGUCACUCACAGCCUAGUCCUAGUUACAUGGUGUGCACCUAACUCACCGGUAACACAGUACUUGUUAGGUGUCCGAUACGAGGGUUUUUUGCAGAAGAACCUGAGUUUCAGCUCUGCGGCCCGUCAGGUGUUCAUAUCAGAUCUAGAGGCUGAUAGAACUUAUCAUAUCUGCUUACAGGCCGUGAACGGCGCAGGAUCAUCAGGCCCUGAAUGCACCUCAGUCUGGAUGGGUCUGAACACACAGGUGUUUUUCUACACUCUGUUAGUGGUGUGUGGAGUCCUGAUGCUGAUUGUGGCAACACUGAGCUUCUGUCUGUAUAAACAGUGUAAGAAAGUAACGGUGGAGAACCCACACCUAACCCGGUUAAUCUCCAUCCCCAAUCCAGCGUUCUUCAACCCAUAGAAAGAACAGAAGGAGUGGAAGAACAUACCUCUUCAUAUGCUGCUGCAUGCGAGAAGAACUGCCUUAUACGGAGCGAAUCAAUGGAAGAUGCGCUCCAAAUAAAAGUUCAUUAGAUAUUUAUUUAGCUAAACAUUUUCCCCUAAAGUAAUAGUUCUAUAUAUUCUUAAACCUUACCUGCAUAGUUGGUGGGUGUAAAAUACAAAUCCCUGCUAUUGGCCAGAAAUUGGUAUAAAAAAUAUAUAAAAUAUAAUAUAUAAAAUAUAUUAGAUUUUAUGCAUUCAUGUGCUCACCCACAACCAAAUUAAA